AUGGAUGGUAUGGGGAAGACUAACCCGAUGUACCGUCCACUUAACAGUUACCACCAGCAGGGAAGACACGAUAAAUACUACCCCGGGGAACGCUCGGACAGGGAUAACAUAUACGAGGACGAGCUGGCUUAUGAUGAAGGAAGAUACUAUAGAGUGCUCAACGAUCCCGAAAGUAGGUCAAAGGCAUUGGUGUACCAACCCUCUAACAUGUCGAGUCCUGAAAAGAGAACAGAAACUACGUCUCAAGUUGAGGAUCUCGCUUCCAAGCCUCCAUCAUAUAAUAGGAAACAAGAGAUGGAGCAUCAUCCCUUUCACGAUAUGGUCAACACAGAACAGCCGUACGCAAUCAGACGACCGCAGCUCAUAAGAAAUGCGAUACCGAUAAAUAGACUGACGUCAGACACAGUUCAGAGUGUACCACAUGGAAAGUUUUAAAAAAUAUCUUCGAAAAUAAUUUAGUAUGCUUAUCCGCUUCAGGAUUGAGAAUUGAUUUAAAUAUGUAAUUCCAACAUAUGAUCAGGUUGUUAUGUGUUAAAUAUAACCUCUUCUGAGGUGAAGCUCUGAAUAGACUUUUUGUGUUUAUCCUUAUAAAUUAAACUACACAUUUGAAAGACAGUCGUUUAUACUGUCAAUUAUUUAUGUUUUGCAUGUGCUUUAUUUCUUGAACUAUGACGCAAUAUUUUGCUACAUAUGUAGCUUUUUUUUUUUUAGAUUUGCAAACUUUCUAGUGAUUAAGGUUGUAAUUCAGAUGUGCGAGAAAUAGUCAAAUAGGCAAAUACCUGUGCUUGCAAAUCAACCCAAAAUAAUAUUCUCGUAAAAAAUAAGCGAUUUACAUCAGCAAUACUUUGGAGAAAAAGCUCAUAUAAAGCAACUUAUUUAAUCUGACUGAUUAUAAAAUGAGUACGUAGUAUAUUGGCUUUUAUGAACUACAUGUAAGCUUAAAUUGAAUUAAUAAUAUAGAUUGUCUCAAAGGUACUGUUGAUUCAUUCAUUGUUAUAGUUUUGAUGCUCAAAAUUAAAACAUAUUGCACAGAUCUUUUGUGAAUCGUGAGAUCAAAACAUUGCUCCUUGCGGGGCAAGAAGUGGGUGAAAUUAUAUCUGUCACAUAUCAAUAAUUUGAAAAUUGUUUUGCACUGAAGCAAGAGUAUAUUACAGAAAUAAAAGCAUUAAAAAUGUGUAGUUGUAUUAAGUUAAUUCAGUUUGUGUGAGUUUUAACAUGACUACAUGUCAGCAUUUAAAAAAUAUUUUUUGAUGUUUUGUUGAAAUCGUUGUGUGAUUUUUAAUACGGUAACAUGUAAUGUAUUUUAAAACAAUGAGUAUUUUUUGUUGAUUUGUUGAAACCUUUGUGGCGAUUUAAUUUCUUUGAAUGACCAUAUGAGUAUUUAAUACUCUUGAAAAUAUGUGUAAUUAUUAUGCUUUUGUUUCAAUUUUUGCUAUAUUUUUUUUGUUUUAAUUUUUUUUUGC